AGGCGAUCCAAUUAGGGUUUUUUGAAAUCGUCUAUCAUCGGAGAUAUGAACAAGAUGGAGGCUCUAAUAACGUCAAUCCAGGGUUUGUCAGGGAGUCUCGGAGACUUGUGUGCACUCCACGCUAGACUGAGAAAAGCUGAGGACUCGCUCCGAAUCAACUCGAAUGUUCAGCUCUCUAUUCUUAAACAGCUCGACCCUUCGAUUCAUUCUCUCGGCUACCUCUAUAUCCUAGAGGCUAGUACGAGUGGUCCAGUGUGGAAGAAGAAAGCUACUCUGUUAAUUGCUCAGUUCAUUAACUGUUGUGAUGCUGGGCAGAUUCGUUUAGCGAGUGAAAAAUUUGUUAUUCUUUGUAAGAGAUUUAAAGACAGAGUUUUUAAAGAUCCUUUACGAGGGGUGGGGCCAAUGUUGUCAGCUGUUCGUAAGUUGGUUCAGGUCUCUCCUAAACGUUUGACUGCAUUGCAUCCGGAUUGUCUUCAGCUAUGUCUCCAGGCCAAGUGCUAUUUAGCUGGUUUCUCCAUUCUUAGUGAUGAUAUCGUGGAGGUUGACGAGCCUAGAGAUUUUCAUCUCUAUUGCUAUUAUGGGGGAAUGAUAUGCAUUGGACUGAAGGGAUUCCAGAAGGCAUCGGAGCUUCUUUACAAUGUUGUUACUGCUCCAAUGCAUGAGGUUAACUCCAUAGCUUUUGAGGCGUACAAAAAGUACAUAUUGGUGAAUCUCAUUCACUCUGGCCAGUUUAGUAACAGUCUCCCCAAGUGCGCUUCUUCAGUAGCUCAGAAGAACCUCAAGAACUGGUGUACACCUUAUUACGAAGUGGGUAAUUAUUACAAUGAUGGAAAGAUCAGUGAACUAGAGGCAGUGGUUGUGGCCUACAGCUCAGAUUUUGAAAACGACAAUAACCUUGGAUUAGUUAAGCAAGCAGUGGCAUCCCUUUACAAGCGGAACAUACUGAGAUUGACUCAGAAGUACUUGACCUUGUCGCUUGAAGAUAUAGCCAACAUGGUCCAACUUCCUAAUGCUAAGGAGGCGGAAAUGCAUGUGCUUCAGAUGAUCCAGGAUGGUCAGAUACACGCCCUUAUAAACCAGAAAGAUGGAAUGGUGAGAUUCUUGGAGGACCCUGAGCAGUACAAAACCAGUGAGAUGAUAGACGUCAUGGAUUCUGUCAUCCAAAGGACAAUUGGGCUGUCGAAGAAUCUUAUAGCCAUGGAUAACAGCUUGUCAUGUGAUCCUUUAUACGUGGGAAAGUCUCAGGUUGGAAGGGAAAGGCAAAGGUACGACUUCGGAGACGAUUUUGAUAACUUCCCUCAUUUCUCCAUGUAAACAACAAAAAGACCUGAAGGAACAAAACUUACUUAAAGACAACUCUAGUUGUGAGAAUCUGGACAACUUUCUUUUGCUUUCUUUGUUCUUUUCGGUGUUUUAUGAAGUUUCAUAUAUUAUUUUACUCAAAAUUGCAAACAAG